AUGGUUGCUCUCGACAUUGUUCGCGCUCACAAUGCAUCGCUAAAAACUCUACCUCCGAAUCUAGUCGCGGUAUUCGUUGGAGGCACAAGUGGGAUAGGCUUCUUCACCGCUCGCGAAUUCGUCCGCACGACCAUAUCCCCACAUGUCUAUCUGAUCGGCCGCAACGCGACAGAAGCCAGCAAGAUUAUGGAUGAGCUCAACUCGAUCAACAGCUCAUCCCAGGUUAGCUUCAUCCAAAAGGACAUCUCGCUCUUGAAGAAUGUGGACGAGGCAUGUAGUGAGAUCAAGAGCAAGGAGAAGCAAGUCAAUGUGCUGUUCAUGACGUGCGGAUACCUCACGAUGAAAGGAAGAGACGAGACAGCCGAAGGUCUGGACAGGAAGAUGGCUGUGCAAUAUUACGCACGAAUGCGAUUCAUCUCUCAACUCACACCGCUUCUCAACAAGGCCUCUGAGACUAACAACUUGUCUCGCGUGGUCGCUGUUCUGGACCCGCAGGCUGGCUUGAGACUCGGAGGCCUUGACUAUUCCGACCUCUCCCUCAGACAUAACUUCAGUCUCAAGAACGUCCUGCUCCAUGCAAGCUCUAUGACGUCUCUCUCCAUGGCUCACUUGGCAAAUCAGAAUUCAAAGACAGCAUACAUCCACGAAUACCCAUCUGGCGUCGAGACUGGCGUAACGCGAGAACUCUUCGGUCGCUUCAACGACACUGUCAUGUCUACGCUGGGUGGACUAUUUCGACGCUUUCUCUUCGUUCCACAAGUGGAAAGCGGCGAAAGACAUUUGUUCGCUGCCACGGCACCGCGAUACGCCCCCAAAGCGGAUAGCGCCAAGACAGACGUUAUUGGAAGUGAUGGUGUGAAAGGCAGUGGAAGCUAUCUGCUGAAUUGGAACGGGGACAUCCUGGCGGAUACCAAGAAAGCGCAGAAGCUGAGGGAGGACGGCGGGCUGGACAAGGUCUGGGGGCAUACACAAGAGGUUAUGGGCAAGAUCGAGGAGAGUGGAAGGUUUUGA